GGGGUUUGGGAUUCUUCGCCAUCGCUCCACCGAGCGCGAGUCGUUCUGGAGGGAAUUCUGAGAACGAAGCUGUGAACUUUGACAAAGCGCCGAGACCAUCAACAUUCUCAGUGUGGCUGUGAUUUGUGGAGGAUCGUGUCAAUUGUGGCUCAUUGUUUCACCCAUCACCAUCAUAUUCACAGUGUGGCUGAGUGCUUUCCCAAUACUAUUUCGCCAUUCGUUCAGUGUCACCAAAGCGUCGAAGCUUCAAUUACACAUUUCCUGACAUUCUGUGAAUUUGUCCCGGUCGCAAAUUACGGCUUAGACUCCUGCCACCGUUAAUAAUGAUGAAGUGACGAAACUGGUGACAAGAAAUACAAGAGGACCUGUGACUCAUUAUUAUGUGUUGUCCUUGCAUGGCAGUGUCCUAACGAAAAAAAAAGCGUGGAGGCACAAUUAGAAGACAUAUAGUGGUGUAAUUGAGAGGAUAUCCAGCUGUCAUGAUGGAAAAAGUAUUAAAUUUCCUUGUCAUUUGCUGCUUCUGCACUACAAUGCUCUCGACAGCCGUAGCCACAGAGAAAGCUACAGUAAGAGGAGCUUUUCAGGAAAAUGUGGACAGAGUGGCGGAGCGGCAGGAUGUGGUCACGAACGAGGAGGGCAUGGACGAGGGCACUUUCAGCAGAUACAGUGUGGCGACCACCCCGAAAAUUGAAAGUGCACCGCCGAAGCGACUCUCCAGGUAUGAGCAGGGCCUUGAGGACUACGACGAGGCGGCCGCCAGGCUGGAUAACGAGGAGAAGGCGGAGCGGAGGAGGGACGCCGGGGGCGGCAGGUCGCCCUACUCCUGGCGCGGUGGCAAUAAUUCAUGGGAGAGCACAGUGAAUUUCAUUGGCAAUGUCGUAUCACUGGUUCGAUCUCUCAAAUCCCAUCGAAACACCACUGAAGCCACAGCUCAAGAAUCACCGGAAUUAGCACGAAAUUCCUCGGCAAAUAGUGCUGAGCCUCUAAUUGGAUCCCCUCGAGAUGACACCGAUGACACUGCAGCGACCACGGAAGUGGCCACAGUCGAGGGACGCUACAUCAAGGGUGACCCACUGAAGGGAUACUACGACUUUGUCAUCACGGAGGGAUCGUACAAGUUUUGGGCGGCCUUCCAGUUGGCGACUGCCGCCCUCAUUAUUUAUUCAACGUUCGCAGCCAUUUACUAUUCAAAGGUUAAUCCGAUUGUUUCCGAUUAUGAUUAUGUUGAUUAUCUGGGCGGAGGACGCGCCAUGGCCGGUGGACGCAGCUUCGAUGAGGACACAACACCAGCGGACACCGAAGGCAGUUGGUUGCCGUCGCUAAACAGCAGCUGGAUCACAACUGCCGUCCAUGGCUUUCAAUUUGUCAUGGACGCCAUCGAGAAGAUACCACAAUAGCGCAGCUCAACUGCACUUUCGCAUGCCAUUGUGGGGGAGAUAUAUGGGGAAAAUAUGAGAGCCUUUCGUGCUCAUGUGAAGAACCAAGAGUGGGCGAAUUUGGGGCAACAUUUGUGCAACUUGCAAAUUCCCUUGGAAAUGCCACCCCCUCUCGCGCACCCGCUCGACGCGAGAAUACUUGAAAGUUCACCCGGAGAGCUUUCUAUUGCAUAUUAUCUCUCUAAUUGACUGAAGUUGAAUUUGCUUAAAGUCUAUUUUUGGAAUGUUUCAAGCCCUGCAGUUGCACGGUGGAAAAGCACUAUUUUUCAUUUUCACCCGCAGCAUUGUGCACAAUUGUCGCACAUGAAAGCUCAAAACUCCUUCACGUGAAAAUUACACAUUAUGCUUUGCGAGUUGUCUGGGGAAAUUCACGGACGAAAUGUGGCGAAGGUGGAAAAUUCAUAGGACACGAAUUAAAAUGAUAUUUUACAGAGCAAUUUAUGGGCUAUUCAGGGUAAAAUGUCGCAAAGCAUAGUUGAAAAUGUUUUAAAAUGAGCCUUCUUGGCAAUUGUCCGUGGUUAGAAGGAGAUUUUACCACAGCGACGCCAUGCUAAAUAUGUAGUCAGAGGAAAUUGUGUUUCUAGAUUUUCGCAACUGUUUCAUCCAGUCGUGAAAGAUUAAGUUUUUCUCAAAAAUAAUUUUCUCUUUGAUUAUUUUACUAAUCAAUUUCGAAGAUUUUCCCUAUGCUUUUCUUUGAGUGCAUCUGCAGGUUUCGCUUGUUUGCCCCAUAAAACGGAAUUAAAAUAUGAAUACGUCCUGGAAUUUGUAAACAAAUUCAUAAUUUAGCAUUUUUACAUUCUCCGCGCGUUUAUCAGCGCUGCUGAGUUUUGGAAUUGGUCUGAUGAGCACAACCGAAAUUGUAAUUCGAGCUCUAGAGAAAUUACACGGGCAUUCUCAGAGGUACUGUGAGCAGCCCGAAAGCGCGAAAAUCUACCCACUCGCAGCCACAAUUGAUCCGCCCUCGGGGCACUAUUAUUCAUCUGCCACACUGCGAAAGUUGCACCCGCCAGGUGGGGAGCUCCCACUUUGGGAGAUUGCCACGGAGGAGCUCAUGUGAAAAUGCAGCAAAUAUGUAUGAACAUUUCAUUGAUUUGAUUGCUGGGUUCUUAUACAGGUCUUAACGGUUGUAGCCAUUGUUUUAUGUAUUGUGUGCACCUUCUCGUCUACUUUUUAUAUGCCACACUUUUAACUCUAAGUAUAUUGUUUAGUUUAGAAUUAUAUUCAUGUCGUCAUCUCUGAAAUGUAUUAUAUAUUCGUGUGCAAAUUUCACAUUAUAGCCAAGAUAAUGGGUUAUUCCGACGAGACUAGGAGAAAUAGUUGGUUAAGAAUAGAAUAAUUUACGCAUAUGCAGCAAUUACGCUUUAGAUAUGAGUUCUAUUGUUGUAUGACGUGGAAAAAGUGGAGAAUUCUGUCCAAGAAAUAAAGCAAAU